AUGUUCGCCGGAAGUUGCGUACAAGCCAUUGAAAUUGAUAUGAGUCGGAAUCAGAAGAGAAGCUUCCAAAAGGCUCUUGAGCAGGAGUAUGGGUGUCAACUAUGCAUAGGACCAUGUACAACUAGAGGGGAGAUGUUUCUUUGGCUAUGA